AUGUCUGUCAAAUACGCCAGGUCACAGGCACCAGGGUUCCAAAACCGCGUUGAAAACAUCGCCAUCGUCGGUGCGGGCGGAAAUGUAGGGAGAUACGUCGCCGAGGAACUGCUCAAGACCCAAAAGCACAAGGUCACCGCAAUUACCAGGGCUGACAGCAAGAACAAACUACCCGAGGGCGUGACGGUGAAGCAUGUCAACUACGACGACCCAGACACCCUUGUGGGGGCACUACAGGGACAAGAUGUGCUCAUCAUUACGAUGAACGUGAUGGCCCCCCCCGACACACAGCGCAAACUCAUCGAGGCUGCCGCCAAGGCCAAUGUCCCUUGGGUCCUCCCCAAUGAAUGGGGCGCGGAUCCAACUCAAGAGGCGCUCAAGGCAGAGUCCUAUCCGGGCAACAAGACCUCGGAAACCCGCGAGUACAUUGAGAGCCUGGGUAAGAGUGACUGGAUCGCCAUCGUAUGCAGCUUCUGGUACGAAUUCUCACUCGCCGGCUCGCCGCACAGGUAUGGGUUCGACUUCAAGAAUCGCAGCGUCGUCUUCUUCGACGAGGGUACGAGGGCCAUCAACACCAGUACCUGGGACCAGUGUGGUCGGGCAUUGGCCGCUCUUCUCAGCCUGAAGGUCCUUCCCGAAGACGAGAAUGACAAGACGCCCACGCUGUCACAGUUCCGAAACAAUUACAUGUAUCUCUCGUCUUUCAACGUCAGUCAGAAGGAUAUGUUUGCCUCGGUCCUGCGUGUCACAGGUUCAAGCGAGAGUGACUGGAACAUUAGCUAUCAAAACACCAAGGAGCGGUAUGACGAGGGUGUCAAGAUGCUCAAGGAGGGCAAGAGGGAAGGCUUUGCGCAGCUCAUGUACACCAGAACCUUCUACCCGACGGACGAGGCCAACUAUGAGAAGCGCGGGCUGUUGCAUAAUGAUCUUUUGGGUUUGCCAAAGGAAGAUUUUGACGCGGCUACCAAGAAGGCAGUCGAUCUGGCACUCGGGGAUGGGACGCCUUACUAA